GGUCGCAUAUACGUUUUGGUCACGGAUAUGGGUUUGAUCAACGAACCGAACGUUGUCUGGGAAGCACUCAGCGAUGUGGACGGGAACACUCAGUUUGCGGACUCCAUGUUUUCACUGUACACACCAUCGACUGCAGCUACCAACUGGGAAUACCCCCCGUCCGCCAAUUCCACAUCCGAUUCCACAAGCUCAUCCACUCCGGUGGCGAAAGCAGUGGGACACGAGGCACCGGGAGCGACAAAGUCACUUGGUGCCAGCGCAACAGCUAUGGUGAAAUCAGCCUUAUUACGCACUUUCGCUGGCAGUGGCUCGGCUGCCACUGCGGGCAGUAACACAAAAAAAGAAGUAAAACCCUCACCGCAAUGGAUGAAGGAAAUCUCGGUCACGGAACUGGCUCGUGCGUGUUCUAAGCAAUUGUCCGUAGAAGGUAGUUCAGACCAAUCACUAUCCCCUGAUCUAAGUAUUGCCGCUCGGUUACAACUGGAAGAAAUUGAGUCGGCAAACUCCGACUCCCGCGUUAUUAUUGUGAAACCGGAGGAAGUUGCUAAACGCGCCAGUGAAAUGACUUCGCAUACCUCAUUGUCAGCAGACAACUUAAAGGACAUUUGCUCUGAGGAUAUACUCGAACAAGCCAAGAAGGAACUGGGGAGUGGAUCGGACUUAGAUCUGGCCCUGCAAUUACAGUUUGAGGGAGUGCAACAGAUGCAGCAAGCCAGUCCAUCACCUCUGAUGGGCGUCGGUACGCGUGCAGCAGUGCGGCCCACACCGGAUACGGUACAUAGCCUACCAAGCUCAGUGAACCCUGCCAGACCCAAUUCGGCUGUUUCAGCGAAUCAGCGCGGGCGUUUCACGGCACCAGGUCCCAAAACUAGUUCAUCUGUCACCGUAUCCACAGAUCGAACUAGUGAUGAGGAAAAAGUGAGUGAAUAA